UGAAAGGUCUAGUGACGAUCAAAGAUGGCUGCUCCCAGUAGUGCCGGCAGCUCCUGUUGACCUUUUUCUUGCUUGCCACGUGAUGCGUGGAGUAGCAGGCUGAACCCGAAACCAUGUUGGGCCGGACCCUCCGAGAAGUUUCUGUGGCACUGAAACAAGGCCAGAUUACACCAACAGAGCUGUGUCGGAAAUGUCUCUCCGUUAUCCAGAAGACCAAGUUUCUAAAUGCUUACAUUACUGUGUCAUACGAGGUGGCCUUAAAGCAGGCUGAAGAAUCAGAAAAAAGAUACAAGAAAGGUCAGUCACUCGGGGAAUUAGACGGAAUUCCUGUGGCGGUAAAAGACAACUUUAGCACAGCUGGCAUCGAGACAACGUGUGCAUCAAAUAUGCUGAAAGGUUAUAUACCACCUUUUAAUGCUACAGUAGUUCAGAAGUUGCUGGAUCAGGGAGCUGUACUAAUGGGAAAAACAAAUUUAGAUGAGUUUGCUAUGGGGUCUGGAAGCACGGAUGGUGCAUUUGGGCCAGUGAAGAACCCCUGGAGUUACUCAAAACAGUACCGAGAACAGAGGCGGCUGCGGUCCCCGGGUGAGCGCAGGGGUGCGGAUGAGGACUGGCUGAUCGCAGGAGGAAGCUCGGGCGGGAGCGCGGCUGCGGUGGCGGCGGCCACCUGCUUUGCGGCUUUAGGAUCAGACACUGGAGGAUCAACCCGAAAUCCUGCCGCCCACUGUGGGCUGGUCGGUUUUAAGCCCAGCUAUGGUUUAGUCUCCCGUUAUGGUCUCAUUCCCCUGGUGAAUUCCAUGGAUGUGCCAGGAAUCUUAACCAGAUGUGUGGACGAUGCAGCAACUGUAUUGGGUGUACUGGCUGGACAUGACCCCAAAGAUUCUACCACGGUGCAGGAUCCAGUUAAACCAUUUGUGCUUCCUAGUUUGACAGAUGUGAGCAAACUGUGCGUAGGAAUUCCAAAGGAAUAUCUCGUACCUGAGUUAUCCAGUGAAGUACGAUCUCUCUGGUCCAAAGCUGCUGGCCUCUUUGAGUCUGCGGGAGCCAAGGUGAUUGACGUAUCCCUGCCUCACACCUCGUACUCAAUCGUCUGCUACCAUGUACUGUGCACAUCAGAAGUGGCAUCAAACAUGGCAAGAUUUGAUGGGCUAGAAUAUGGUCAUAGAUGUGACAUUAAUGAGUCUACUGAAGCCAUGUAUGCUGCCACCAGGCGGGAAGGGUUCAAUGAUGUCGUCAGAGGAAGAAUUCUUUCAGGAAACUUUUUCUUAUUAAAAGAAAACUAUGAAAAUUAUUUCAUCAAAGCCCAGAAAGUGAGGCGCCUCAUCGCAAAUGAUUUUGUGAAUGUCUUUAACUCUGGAGUGGACGUUGUACUGACCCCCACCACCCUGAGUGAGGCAGUACCAUUCUUGGAAUUUAUCAAAGAAGACAACAGAACUCGGAGUGCCCAAGAUGAUAUUUUCACCCAGGCGGCGAACAUGGCAGGGGUGCCCGCUGUGAGCGUGCCAGCCGGUCUCUCACCCCAGGGACUGCCGAUCGGCCUGCAGUUCAUCGCACCUGCCUUUGGUGACCAGAAGCUUCUGACAGUUGCCAAAUGGUUUGAGAAACAAAUACAGUUUCCAGUUACUCAGCUUCAAGAACUCACAGAGGAUUGUCCAUCAGGCUUUGAAAAUGACAACUCAGCUUCCGUUUUUCUGAAACAGUGCUGAUAAAUGUGUCUUGCAAAUUUAAAUGACAUUUAAAGACUAUUCUCAAGGGUCAAAUGACACUGCUCAGUUCUUGUAAUUAGGUGUAAAGAGUUCCCUUUUCCCCAGAUCCUCAUUAGCAUUUAUUUUUUUGACUGGGGCAGCUGGAAUCUCAGUGUGGUUUUGAUUUGCAUUUCCCCAGUGACUAAAGAUGUUGAACAUUUUUAAACAGAGUUAUGGCUAUCAAUAGAGUCAUUCCUCAGAUUCACUUUCUAAGAUUCCUGGGGAACAGUUGAUCGGUUAUGAGCUGGCACCAUUUAUUAAACAGAUGCUAAUUGUGAAGUACAGGAUUUAUAUGCACUGUAAUACAUCUAAAAUACAUGUUCCUGAAAACCA